AUGGAACUGCUAGGCUGCGAGUCUUUGGCUUUUCUAAGAGCGUCAUCCUUGUGGCAAAUUACCUGCGAGCUCGGCGUUGGACUUCGUCAUCGCCCAACGGUGAGAGCCUGGAAGCUCUUUUACGCUUGGGCAAACCCUGCGAAUGCUGCUAUCCCAGCGCACAUGGAAGUUGCGGCGAUUGACUCGGUGAUAAGCUCAAAGUUCCAGCACACGCAUGAAAUGCCGGUCGCUAAACCGCGAAUGGAAGAAGCAUUCAAACACGCUCCAUUGCUUUUCUCCGGAGCAAGCGGCUUCGGCCAAAAAAGCCAAAAUAUCCAAAGGAGUAUGGCACCAGGCGAGGAGUUUCUAAAAAUGAGCUUUGCGCCGAAUGUCUUAAGUACCCUUUCUCCCAAUAUCAUCCGUCGCUUUCGCUUGCCAAAGAUCGUCCAGUGUCAAUGA